GCGUUAAAACUGCUCCUGGAAGGGCUUAUCGACUGAACGAUUGCAUCAGAUGCCGUAUUUGGAAAUAUAAGAGUGAAAAGGGACAAUCGAGAGCCUUUGGGUGGAUUUUCCCUUUAAAGAAACGGAGAGGCUCUUCCCCCUCCACCCCUCUGAGCUGCGGGGUUGGCACGUUCCUCUGCCUUUUUGAAUCGUCAAGAGGGACAAGCAGAUGGCGGCCGUCCAUUAUUGUUUCUGCCCCAAAAAUGCCAUUUGAUCAAAUGAGAACCAGAAGCGGGUGGUGUCUAGUUAAUUCCCUGUCUCUUGAAUGAAGAGCCGGUGGAUUUGUUUCCGGAAGUUACUUGCUUGGUGACCGGAACCGGGUUCCUCAUAGCCCAGGCCUUGGCUGUUCUCGGCAUGUGGCGCUGUCGGGUACCGAGUCUGUUGUGGCGGCGAAGGAGACAAUGUGGCCUUUCUGCCAUUCUCGUGUGGAGGCUGGGCUGGCAGAACCCGACUUGUUGCUCGCUCACCAGUCUGCCUAACCUGCACGAACUGUUCGCUAUGCCGGCUCUGCAGCGCUUCAUGGAGCGGCAGCAACAGCCCGAGCAUUGCAGCAGUCCCCGGCCACAGUUAACAGCGCUGAUUCGCCUCUUGGGGGCCAAGGAGCAGGAACUGCGUGAGACGGAGCGCCUGGCACAGGAAGAUGAAAACGAAGAUUUGCGGAAGCUUGCAGAAAAAGAAGUUGCUUCCUGUUACCAAGAGAUAGCAGAAUUAAAACGCCAGGUAGUGUUGCAUUUGAUUCCUUCAGAAGAAACAGAUGAAAGUGAUGUCAUCCUAGAAGCGACUGCUGGAGUUGGGGGGCAAGAAGCAAUGCUGUUCACAGCAGAGAUGUUUGACAUGUAUCAGCGCUAUGCUGCAUAUAAAAAAUGGAAUUUUGAAAUUCUGGAAUAUAUGUCCAGUGAUAUAGGUGGUUUGAGACAUGCGUCUGCCAGUAUAGAAGGCCUUGAAGCUUAUAGGCACAUGAAGUUUGAAGGAGGAGUACAUCGUGUACAACGCGUACCUAAAACAGAGAAGCAAGGCCGCAUUCAUACUAGCACAAUGACAGUAGCAGUGUUACCACAGCCAAAUGAGAUAAAUCUGACAAUUAAUCCCAAAGAAUUGCGUAUUGAAACAAAGCGUGCUAGUGGAGCUGGUGGUCAGCAUGUAAACACUACAGACAGCGCUGUACGAAUAGUCCAUAUCCCCACAGGUGUGGCAGCUGAAUCUCAACAAGAAAGAUCUCAAAUCAGGAAUAAAGAAAUGGCUAUGCAAAUACUUCGUGCUAAAUUAUACAGUAUCAAACUUGAAGAAGAGUCGAGAAAGAGAGACACUGCUCGAAAGAUUCAGAUCGGAACCAAAGGGAGGUCUGAGAAGAUCAGAACGUACAACUUCCCACAGGAUCGAAUCACAGACCACAGAAUAACCAGAUCAGUGUAUCAUAUUGAAAAAUUCCUGUUGGGAGAAGAAUUGCUAGAUGAAAUGAUACAGUCCCUAAGCGAAUAUGCUGACUACGAGUCUCUAAUGGACAUUAUUUCAGAAAGUGGCCCAACCAGGCUGAGCUGAUGUUCAUCACAUUCUAUCUCCAUUCAAGUGACUUUGCUCAGAUGGACUAUUUUUAGCUCAGAUCUUUCUCCCUAUAGCAAUUUCCAUAAGUUUGUUUUAAUUCAUACUCUUCGGGAACCUUGGCCUAAAGCACAAAUACAGAAUAUUGCAAAGUAUCUUCUCUUCUUUUCUUUGCCUUCCUUACAAACAUGUCCUGAAUGUUGUCGUAAGGGAUCUAAUCCAAGAACAUAUAGCUGCUUUCAGAAGAACCUGCUAUUUCCACUGUGACGAACUAAAUCUAUGAUCAGACAUAAACUCAUGAAAGAUAGGGUGGAGAAUAUUGUUUUCCAAGUCUGUAUCUUCUUUAUUGUACCAGCAUGCUUUCUUUCCCUUAAUUAACAUGGGCUUUUUUCAGAGAAGAUUCGUUGCACAAUCAUGCCUUUCUGAAAGACACAUCUCCUUAGUAUCAACAGCUGGACUGGAAAGAUCUGUAGCCAUUGAUCCUAAAACUGUCAUUAUGGCAGUAUUUAGAGCAUUGGACUAUGUCUGGGGAGACAAAGGUUCAAUUCUCCACUGACGAUGAAACUCACUGGCUGAUGUUGGGCCAGAUAUUCUCUGUCAACCUAACCUUGUAGUUGUAAGAGUAAAAUGAAGCAGAGUGAAAUACGUAUGCUGCCGUGCACUCAAUAAUUCAAUAGAUAAAUGUGAUGAUGAAAUAAAUGGAACUAUAAUGGGCAUAA